ACUUUGACAAGUCGAAUGCCAACGCUUCAACAAUUUGACACAAUUUAUUGACUGUCAUCCAGUGAAAUUAUUUAACUUUUCUCUUUGCUCGGUCAUGGACAGUGAUAUUCAGCAAAAUAAGUCGAAAUUCGGACGCAAAACUGAUCUCGAAUUUAUUGACAGUGUACUUGAGUACUGCAAUGUAAAUGUUGCACCAGAUGUACGAGCUUAUCUAGUGGAUCAUGCAUACACUUUGGCCCGGGAUCAGCUGCUUGCAGCUCGUUGCUUUGCCCGAUUCGCCAAUAAGUCUAGCGUUGAAGACGAAGAUAUACGAAUGGCCAGCUUGAAUACAACAGAUGAGUUGAAAUUUGUGCCGACGUUGCUGCCACAGACGAAGCCGCCAGGGCAACAUUUGUCAGCACCAACUCCAGCAAUGGGAUUGUUGCUGCCACCUUGGCGCAACUGUCAGGUGGGCGUCAAUGCGCAGCUGAAGCAGUUCGAACUUGAAGCAAUGGAACGGAGUGAGUCAAUGGACACGGAUAAGGUGCGCCUAGGGCCAAAGAACACCCCCAGGGAAAAAUAAAUAAAUACUAAUUCUAUUUUUUUAUUGCAUUUAACUAUUCAGUCUUCUUCUCCGAAGGUUUUUGCUUUUCCUCCUCUUUUUUGUUCGCCUUGCGUUUUUGCUUUUCCGCUUUAAACUGCUCGGCUUCCUCCUCCUUUUUCUUCUCUUCACGUUUCUGCUUUUCUGCCUUGUAUUGCUCAAUCUCGUAUUGCUUCAAACUUUUUCCAAAUUCACGGCACACUUUCACAUGCAACAGGCACUUGCGGCAAAUUUCCUUAGACUUGAUCAUCUCUAGAUCGUUGGCUGCCUCGCUGGUGUUCCAUGAAUGCGCCUUCUUGUAGGCUUCCACCAUUCUGGCAUCACUGAGAGACGCCACCUCAAAGGGCACACGACGUGGC